UCGGUCUCGGACAAUUCCCCUCCUUCUUGCUUCAAACCAAACCAAACCAAAAUUAAAGGGAAUCAAUCACCUUCCCUGAAAUCCAAAACCUAGACAAUGGUGUACGUUGCCAAUUGCCCUAAUCACAGGCACUUCCGCGAGGCGCCGCUCGACCGCCGUUCAUCCUCCCUCGGCUGCCGCCGAGCGCCGCCCUUCUCCGCGCACCCACGAGACCUCCGCGCAAGCUUCCUAUGCGACGACCAGGAGGAUAUGGCGUGGACCAUAACUGCCCCCCGCCCUCUCACCACAUCGAAAGCCCUGCCCAAUUCUCGCCGCCUGAUUUCCCAUCGCCGGUCCGAUCCAGCGUGAGUCGGCGCCGGCGACGCUCCGCCUCCCCACAUCCCUUGCCGUAUCACCGUCGGUCACCGCACAGAGAUCGUUACCCUGACCACCACCAGCGUUCUAGGGGUGAGAGCAGCCGCAGCCCUCGCCUCCACUCGUCUCCCAACCGGGCCAAGCAGUCUCGGUUGGGAUCCGGACAUGAGGACUCCUCGAGCAGCAGGCACAGGUGCAGGUACCUAGACACUGAAUGGUACAGCGCAGAGAGGCUCCACUCAUCUAGUGUGCGUGAUCGUCAUGACCAUGGGGCGAGAAGCCUCAGUCCCCUCCGCCACUCGCCCUCAGGGAUGUCUCCAGCUUCGGUUGAUACCCCUCUCCUGCAUGAUGGCAGCAAGAGUCCUACUGACUGGCCUGACAGUCCAAUCCAUUGCUACAAGCAUUAUGAAAACAACAAUGAUGGUUCCGGGAUCACCGACAGGGAAUAUAAUGCACUGGUAGAUAACUUCAUGGAUGCUGUGGUCGAGAACUGGCAUGAGCCAGCGAAUUUCGAUCAAGCAAAGAAUAAAGAGCUUUACCGAAAGCAGACAAGGCGAUUCGCUGAGUUGGCUCUGAAACGUUACAACAAAAACAAAAACAAUAAGGUUAAGUACUCGCUGGUUGAGGCAGUUGAUGGAGCUAUAUUUUUUGAAGGAGAUUACUUUCAUGCCCAUGUGAACUUCUAUGCCAAUGCUAGUAAUGGUCCAAAGAAAAAUGGUCCUAAAGUGCUUGUUUUUGCUGAGUUGGAACAUGUUGGACUGCGACUCAAUGCAAUGGCUCUCAGGUCUUUCCAUUUUCUUGAUGAGAAGAAACAAACUGUUGGACGUCGUGAUCUUGAUCGGGGGCCUCACACAAGUAAAGAUCGGGAUAUACAUCACUGCUAUGCUUGUACCGAUAAAAUCAAGCACCCUGAGGGAUCAGGCUGUAAGGCAGGCCAUUUUGUUGGUGUGUCAUAUUACCAUGAGGAUUAGUGCUGGAUCUGGUGGAUCGUGCAGAGAUAAAAGUUAAGGAUAAAGCCAGAUUACCGAAGCUUGAAGGAGGGAUCUUGUGCUACAUUUGUGCUCUGAAGAUUGGACAAACUGUAGUAAUGUAUUUUUUUUUAAGAAACAUUAGUGGUGUCCAGUAACUCCCUCAGGAUGGUUUUGGAAUCCACAGUUGGAGGAGUCUAACUGCUUGUGAGUUGUGACCUUAUGAAUUGUACUCCCUCAGUCUUGCACAUCUUAUUUUGUGUUUUUGAUUGAGAAAACAUUUGUUUGGUGGAAUGCAAUGUAAUCUCUGUAUGUGUGAUAACGGAAUAUUAGUAUCUUUUUCAUGCUAGUUUGGGACUAUA